AUGGGGGCCAAGCUGCGACUCCUCUGCGCCGCGGCGCUGCUGCUCUGCGCGGCGCCGCCGGGGCAGCCCAGCGCCUGGGGCACGGCGGCCGCCGUGCUCCCCGCGGGCGAGGGCGAAGGUUACGGGGUGAAGCUGUGCGGCCGGGAGUUCAUCCGCGCCGUCAUCUUCACCUGCGGCGGGUCCCGCUGGAAGCGGCUCUCCGUGCUGGCCAUGGAGCCGGCGCCCGCGGCCGAUUCUGCACGAACAGCAAGUAACAAACUACUGGGAAACUUCAAGCUGCAAUCAGUUUUGGGUCCUGAAGUGGAGCAGCUGCAGAGAAGCAGCCCGUUUCUUGGAUGGGAGACGUUUAAGGACUUGUAUAGUUUAAACGACUAUAAUGAAUAUGCGCCUGUGGCAGACGACUUCAAAGAACUUGUUCACCAGGUAGAGGAAGCUGUUCAGAAGGACAGGGGAGGAACAAGAAUUGCAGACCCCAUGGGAUCAAACAGUUAUCUUUGGGCCAGGUAUCCUAGAAGAAAACGGGAAUCUCUGGGUUUGGCAGGAAUGUGUUGCAAAUGGGGCUGUACCAAAGCUGAAAUUAGUACUAUAUGCAGAGUUUAAAAUCCUCUCUGCACUUAUGCAUGAAAUCAAUGUUUGUUGCAGUGCUACUUGAUUGAAUACAGUAUGGAGGAAGAAAACUCUCACUGUAUUUUAUUUUGUCUGUAUAUGCCAGUCAAUACUGCUGGUUUUCUUUAAAAAAAAAAAAAAAAAAUCCACAAGUGUA